AUGGAGGCAGAGAAGACUCCUGCUCCGUUAGAGGUCGAAGCUGUCGACAAGCAACACCUCCAAGGACAACAUGGUCCCGCUUUAGAAAUGCCAGCCAGCCUGGCAGCCCUGAGCCCGUCGGAGUAUGAACGAAUCGGCAAGAAAGCCACGCUUAAGAUGGACUGCAUUAUCAUGCCGAUAAUGGUGGUAAUGUACAUCCUUAACUAUCUUGACCGGCAAAACAUCGCCUCAGCUCGCCUUGCAGACAUCGAAGAGGAUCUGAACAUCACCGAUGUGCAGUAUCAGACGUGCGUAAGCAUUCUAUUCGUCGGAUACAUCCUGAUGCAAGUUCCGAGCAACAUGAUCGUCUCAAAGAUCAAGAAGCCUGGCAUAUACAUCUGCGGAGCCAUGGCCUUAUGGGGUGUCAUCAGUGCUCUGAUGGCUGUUGUCAAGAACUACGCCGGCCUACUGUCCGCGCGCUUUUUCUUGGGAUUCAUCGAGGCGGCUUUCUUUCCAGGCGCGCUAUAUUUCCUGAGCAUGUUCUACAACCGAAAGCAGUUUGCUUUGAGAACCGCCAUUCUCUACAGCGGAAGUCAGGCCGGCAACGCAUUCGGAGGGUUGUUUGCCAUCGCUAUUCUCAAGCUCGAUGGCAAAAGUGGCCUGGAAGGCUGGCGAUGGCUCUUCCUCGUUGAGGGUAUCAUAACGAUCGGCUUGGCCCUAAUCUUUGCACUGAUCUUGCCUAACUCCAACAAGAAGAUCAUGACACUCUCGCAGAUUGAGUGUGAGUGGGUGCAGUGGAAUUACGCGGCCGAUCUGGGACAGGAGGACCAUAGAGAAGAGAUCAGCGCAUGGCAAGGCCUCAAGCUGGCCAUUGCAGACCCCAAGACAUGGCUGUUGAUGGGUAUUCUCUACAGCUGCUACAUUGUCGGGGCUGUUACCAACUUCUUUCCCAGUGUCGUCGGAGGGCUUGGAUACUCCAGAACCAAGACCUAUGGUCUCACAGCCCCACCAUUUGUGCUCUGUGUGUUCACCAUGCUUCUCAACGGCUUCUGGUCCGACCGCACGCAACGGCGUUUCCUCCAUAUUGUAGGACCUCUUAUCAUCACCUUGGUCGCCAACAUCAUUGCAGUGUCUUCAUUGAGCAUCGCCGCGCGAUACGUGGCGAUCAUGCUGCUACCCGGGUCGUUCUACGCUUCAGCCGUCGUCAUCUUGUCCUGGAUCACAGGCAGCUUGAACCAGCCGGCACCGAAGCGCGCGAGCGCCAUCGCGCUGAUCAACGCAAUUUGCAACACGCCCAAUAUUUGGGGAAGCUACCUUUACGGCAAUGCCCCAAGAUUUCUGGAGGCCUUCAUCGUCAAUAUUGCUGCCACCGGUCUGGCUAUCGGCUUCGCCACGGCUACUUUCUUCUAUCUGCGCAGGGUCAAUGCUAAGCUUGAGCAAGGAAAGUCAGUGGGCAAGAACGGGCCAACAGAGGCCCAACUAGCUGCCGGUUUCCGCUACACCCUCUAA